AUGGAGAAGAAGGGAACAACAAUCUCUACCGAGGGACUUGCCCAAUCUCUUAACAGCUCAGACGAGGAGUGCUCCCAGUCUUACACACCAGGGCAGGAGUUCAAUUACGAGAAAUGGCUCGCGGAGCGGUUUCACGAUCCAGCAAGGUGCCGGAGGUUUGAUAUCGGGGUCGCUUUUCAAAACCUGAACGUGUAUGGUUUUGGUAAACCCACCGACUACCAGAAGACAAUCGGCAAUUACGUGUUUGUCGUAGCCAGUGGGCUUCGUCAACUUUUUGGCCAGCAGCGAAAGCUGCGAAUCGAGAUCCUGAGGGACUUCGAGGGGCUCGUGAGAAAUGGGGAAAUGCUCAUGGUACUUGGGAAGCCAGGAAGUGGGUGCACGACAUUCCUGAAAACAUUAGCAGGGCAAACUCAUGGGUUCUUUGUCGAUUCAGGAUCGCGUUUGAAUUAUCAAGGUACUCCCAGCGAUGUGAUGCACUCCGAAUUCCGCGGCGAAUGCAAUUAUCAAGCAGAAUCAGAUGUUCAUUUCCCCCAUUUGACUGUCGCCCAGACGCUGGCCGUUGCAGCACAGGCUAGGACACCUGCGAAUGCGGCGGGCAAGUCUGGCCGUCAAUCGUAUGCUAAACAGACUACGGAUGCAACCGCCGCAGCUCUUGGUCUGUCGCACACAUUGGGUUCGAAGAUAGGGAAUGAUUUCAUACGAGGAAUCAGUGGCGGGGAACGACAGAGGACAACCCUUGCCGAGGUUCUGGUUUCUGGCACCUCCCUCCAAUGCUGGGACAACAGUACUCGGGGCUUGGAUAGUGCAAAUGCGCUGAACUUUGUCAAGGUCCUGCGGGCAUCUGCAGCAGCCACUGGUUCCACCCAUCUUGUUACGAUGUAUCAAGCUUCCCAGGAUAUCUAUGAUCUUUUUGACAAAGUCGUCCUCUUGUACGAAGGUCGUCAGGUAUAUUUUGGCAGUGCCACGGCAGCGAAGGCAUAUUUCACUGAUCUCGGCUUCAAAUGCCCCGAACGCGCUACAACCAGUGAUUUCUUAACUUCGUUGACCAACCCGGCAGAAAGGGUACAACUUACAAGACCGGGCUUUGAAGCCAGGGUACCUCGCACUCCGGAUGAGUUUGCAGCGAGGUGGAAAAACAGUCCGGAGCGGGCAAAGCUCAUGGAGGAGAUUAGGCUGUACGACGAAGAGUUCCCUCUCGGGCAAGAACAUCUCCGAAAAAUAAGAAUUGAUCAGAAGAGUUAUAAGGCGGAUGGACAGCGCAGUCGAUCUCCUUAUACCAUAUUGUUUCCAGACCAAAUCGCUUUGUGUUUUACUCGAGGCUUUCAAAGGCUGGUCAACGACCUGGCACCACCAAUAUCAAGUAUUGCUGGUAAUGCGAUCAUAUCCAUAAUUCUUGGCAGCAUGUUCUAUAACAUGCCUGAAGACACGAGCAGCUUCUACGGCCGCGGGGUUUUAAUAUUCUUUACCGUUUUGACCAAUACCUUUUUAGGUGCUUUCGAAGGCGUUCAGCUGUGGGACCAACGGCCGAUUGUCGAAAAACAUUUUCAAUAUGCGUUAUAUCACCCAUCUGCAGAAGCAAUCGCGUCAAUUCUUUGCGAUAUGCCUAAUAAGCUUCUCUUGACGACCUUCUUCAAUAUCCCUUUCUAUUUCCUGGCAAACAUGCGGAGAACACCAGGUGCAUUUUUUACAUUUUACAUUUUUGCGUUUUGCAGUCUUGUGACCGGCUCGAUGCUGUUUCGGGCAAUUGGAGCCAUGUCAAAGACCUUGACAGGAUCCAUUGCUCCAGGGGCAGAUUUUAUUCUGCUAUUGAUGAUAUACACCGGAUUUGUCUUGCCGGCUCCUAUGAUGCACCCAUGGUUCCGAUGGUUCAGCUAUGUUGAUCCAGUAGGCUAUACCUUUGAGAGCUUAAUGAUCAAUGAGUUUUCCGGUAGGCAGUUUCCAUGUGCCAAAUUUGUUCCCGAAGGACCCGGAUAUGGGGACGUCGAGCCAAGUGGGAGAAUGUGCUCAACUGUUGGAGCUCUCCCCGGAGCAACAGUUGUAAAUGGAGAUGCAUAUCUUGCUAGGGCUUUCAGAAUCCAACGUAAACACCUAUGGAGGAAUCUGGGUGUGAUCCUUGCUUUUGGGGCUCUGUUUUGCGGGUUGUAUUUGCUUGCAACAGAGUACAUCUCGGCUUCUCGAUCGAAGGGUGAAGUUCUUGUCUUUCGCCGAGGCCAUUUGCCUGAGCGGAAGAUGAAAGGUGAUGAAGAAGAACAAGUCUCAUACGAAACACAUACCCCCAAGAAAGAUCGCAAACACAGCGCUGUUACAACUAUCAUUGAAGCAAAAGUCGACAGGCAUGCUGCCACAUUUAUUUGGGAUAAGCUCUGCUAUGAUGUGAAUGUCGGAGGUAGCAGCAAAAGGAUCCUUGAUGAUGUCGAGGGAUGGAUCAAACCUGGAACUUUGACGGCUUUGAUGGGCCCAUCCGGGGCAGGAAAGACGACACUCCUGAAUGUUCUUGCGAACAGAACAACAACCGGUGUAAUUGGAGGUGAGAAACUUGUUGAUGCCAAGUACCAAGAUCAAGGAUUUGCACGCAAGAUUGGAUACGCCCAGCAGCAAGAUCUACAUCUUUCGACGUCGACAGUCCGCGAGGCUUUGAUUUUCAGUGCUCGCCUGCGUCAGCCCAAGUCAUAUUCCGAUAGGGAGAAGCUAGAUUGGGUCGAUCAACUAAUUGAGACCCUUGAUAUGUCCAGCUUUGCUGAGGCUGUCAUUGGGGUUCCGGGAGAAGGCCUAAAUGUUGAGCAACGGAAGCGUGUAACUAUCGGGGUUGAGCUCGCUGCCAGACCGGAGCUUCUUCUCUUUUUGGAUGAACCCACUUCCGGACUCGAUAGCAAUACCGCCUGGUCUAUUUGCACUCUGCUGAAGAAGCUCGCAAGUGAAGGACAAGACAUUCUCUGCACCAUUCAUCAACCAUCGGGCACUUUAUUUGAAAUGUUCGACAGGCUUCUAUUCCUAAAUGAGGGCAAGUCUGUUUAUUUUGGGGAGCUCGGGCCUGGAUCUCGAACUCUAAUCGACUACUUCGAGAGGCAUGGAGCUCGACGAUGUGGGGUUGGCGAAAAUCCAGCGGAAUGGUUACUUGACAUUACCGGUAAAUCAAACAUUCCGUGGGCAGCGAUAUGGCGGACCUCCGAAGAGAGACAGCUCAUCAAGAAUGACCUCGAGAGAAUGAAGCAAGACUUGUCAAGGUCGGAUGAGAAACCCAAUGAAGCCUCGACGGAAUUUGCUACGUCUUUCUUUUACCAACUCUACAUGGUCACUUGGAGGAACUUUGAAUUAGAUUGGCGCACACCUGAAUAUUUGUAUUCGAAGCUUUUCCUCACUCUGGGAGCAGGCUUGUUCAAUGGCUUCUCCUUUUACCAUUCACCAAACAGCCUACAAGGAGUUCAAAACCAAAUAUUCUCAACAUUCCUUCUCCUCACGCUCCAUGGCAACCUCGUCCAGCUAGUAAUGCCGCACUUCCUUGAUAGUCGUAAACUCUACGAGAUUCGGGAACGGCCAUCCCGAACAUAUUCCUGGGUAGUAUUUGUCUUGUCAAAUAUCAUCUCCGAGCUACCUUGGGUAACACUUCUCGCCGUUAUUCAAUUCGUGACCUGGUACUACCCGCUAGGAAUGUAUAAGAACGCAAUUGCAACAGACCAGCUUAACGAAAGAGGCGCAUUGAUGUUCCUUGUCAACGUAUCCUUCUUUUUAUUCUCAUCGACCUUCUCGCAGAUGCUGGGAACGAUCAUGCCCGAUGCGGCUACAGGGAUCAACAUCUCAGCACUUCUAUACACCCUGUCGUUGCUAUUCUGCGGCGUCCUCGUGCCAUCCACCUCGCUUCCCCGCUUCUGGAUCUUUAUGUACCGCGCAACGCCCGUUACCUAUCUAGUCAGCUCCAUGAUCUCUACAGGCGUUGGCGGCGUCCCUAUCGUCUGUGCGGCUAACGAACUUGUCAAAUUCGAUCCGCCCACGGGCCAGACUUGCUCGCAAUACUUAACGGAUUACUUAAGUUACGCAGGAGGCAGUCUGUUGAAUCCCACCGCGACACAACAGUGCCAAUUCUGCCCGGUCUCAGAUACAAAUACGCUUCUGGCAGGCGUGGGCAUAUUUUUUGAGCAUAGGUGGAGGGAUUUUGGUAUCACGUUGGCUUAUAGUGCUAUCAAUAUAGCAUUGGCCUUGGGUUUGUAUUGGCUGUUCAGAGUCCCUAAGAAGCCGAUCAUGAAGAAUGGGAAAUAG